UGCCGGUGUCUGUUGCAAUUCACAUUUUCGUUUUUGGAACUAGUGGAGUAACAGUCUGAACGUCAUGAUUCAUCACAAUGUCAUUCAUGUUCAAUACUACGAGAGUCGAUCGAAUUCAACCGAAAUGAUGUGAAAGUCGCUCCAGAUCCAUAACAUAACCACUACGCCGGGUAAUCCAAACACUCACUCAGGCCAACACGCAGGCGAUGAUGUGGGGUAUGCCCAGAUUAAUGCACGGUGUACAGCUACUUUUGGACCGUUGGCAAACGCAGCAAACGGCGUUUAUGUUUACGUUUAAUCUCCACACGAUCUACCCCUCCACUUUCUGUCGCCCGUCCAAUCCAUCCGUCUGCAGUAAUAAAUUAUUUUCUCUCGAAAUUUUGGUUUCCCAAUUUCUAUAACUGUUCGAUCUCAACAGACACUCCGUAAAUUUACAAAGCGAACUGAAACACGUCCAAGAUGGGUGCCUUACCACUGCGAGGGGAUCAGUAUCGCGUUCUAGCCAAUAUCGCUAAUGGUGAACAGUGAGAACAGCACAAAUGGCAGAGUUCUGACCAAUAAGCAGUCUUCCAAGGUCAGCAAUUUUACACUUCAGGGGAACCGUUGCAUCCAACCCCAUACGUACCAGCAACAAAUGGAGUCAUUCAUUUUAAAGACUCUCGAAAAUUUAUACACCGACAUUUGGAAAUAUUUCUUGCAUUCUUCUGCAAGGCUAGUAUAAAGGUAUCUCAUCACUUUUCCAAACUAAUCUCCAGACAAGAGGCAACGCAUUAAAUGUCCCGUAGUGCGUAAAAAUUGCGCAGAAGUACUUUUAGGUUUCGUAUGCAGCUAGUGCACGAUGUUUGCUCCUGUAGUUAUAGUCUGAUGCUAAAUGGCAGUCAAUUAUUUCUGUCCACUUCAGUAAGAGUAAAUCAAGGUCGACAAAUAAUUAGAAUCACAAAGUAUUUCGACAAAUCAGGAACGAUAUGAAAUGCAUUCAUCCUCUGGGGAACAUUUUUCCUGACACUCGCAAAGCUGGUGUUAGUUUCUUUGACCGUUUCUGGCCCAAAAAAAGAAGCUGCAGAGAUGACGCUGUUGUACAAAACGGUUGUCAUGGCAACCUUUAUCUACAUAUGCGUGCUAUCAUCAGGAAAACCGAUUGGCCCGUACCAUGAUAUUGAAGUGAAAGAACCAACUGCCAUGCCUAUAAGGUCCAAGACUGGUCGCGACUUCAAGAUUAAAGAACCAACUGCCAUGCCAGUGGAGUCCAAGACUGAUCCCGACUUCAAGAUCAAAGAACCAACUGCCAUGCCUGCGGGUCCAAGACUGGUCCAGACUUCAAGAUCAAAGAACCAACUGCCAUGCCUGCUGGGUCCAAGACUGGUCCAGACUUCAAGAUCAAAGAACCAACUGCCAUGCCUGCUGGGUCCAAGACUGGUCCUGACUUCAAGAUUAAAGAACCAACUGCCAUGCCUGCUGGGUCUAAGACUGGUCCCGACUUCAAGAUCAAAGAACCAACUGCCAUGCCUGUUGGGUCCAAGACUGGUCCUGACUUCAAGAUUAAAGAACCAACUGCCAUGCCUGUUGGGUCUAAGACUGGUCCUGACUUCAAGAUUAAAGAACCAACUGCCAUGCCUGCUGGGUCUAAGACUGGUCCAGACUUCAAGAUCAAAGAACCAACUGCCGUUCUUUUUUGUGCAUCAUUUUAUUUUGUAA